AUGCGACUCUCUAGGCCUCGCCUGCGCGUCGCGCAGGCCGAAUCAGCCUUUGCAACUGGCAAUGCAAGAUGGACGAAUCGCGAUCUGGACCCGGUUCCAUUAUUAGGGCGGAAAUGGGGCGUCGUGAGCUUAAUCUCCUAUUGGAUCUCGGAUGCGUUCAAUGCAGCAACUUGGCAGUUUGCGAGCAGUAUUAUCGCCGUCGGUCUCACCUACAAAGAGGCUAUCGCGAUCGUGGCCAUCUCGUUCUUUAUCAUGUCUUUCGUCAUCGCGGCCAACGGGGCUGUUGGUGCCAUCUACCAUGUUCCGUUCCCCGUAAUUGCUCGUGCGAGCUGGGGAUUCUGGGGCUCGUACGUUGCCAUCGUGUCGCGGGUGAUCCUGGCGGUCUUCUGGUUUGCCAUCCAGAAUGUCAAUGGGGGCAAUGCGGUGCGUGUCAUGAUCGGUGCGAUCUGGCCAAGCUACCUCCGCCUGCACAAUAGCAUCCCUGCGUCCCAGGGUAUCACGACGAAUGGCAUGGUGGCCUUUCUGAUCUUCUGGCUCUUCCAGCUCCCAUUCCUUUACAUGCACCCAAAUAAACUCCGCUGGCUCUUCGCGGUGAAGUCGAUCUUGGUUCCUAUCGCAUGGAUUGCUAUCCUGAUCUGGGCGUUCGUCGCCGAGAAGGGGGGAGGGGGGAUCUUCAAGCAACAGAGCGCCUCCGUGUCUGGAUCAAAAUAUAGCUGGCUAUUCUUGGCGAACAUGACCUCGGUCCUGGGAAACUAUGCCACCCUAAGUGUGAAUCAGUCGGAUUUCUCUCGCUACUCUCGCGUGAACCCGCGCUGGCAGCUCCUCUACAUUCCUAUGCUGCCCAUCAUCUUCACCUUCAUCUCCUUCAUCGGCAUUGCUGCCUCCUCCGCGGGGCAGACCCAUUAUCAUCUUGCAUCGAUCCCGUGGGAUCCCAUGGAGCUUAUCAGCCACUGGCCAAACCGUGCCUGUCGGUUCUUUGGGGCCUUUUCGUUUGCCUUAGCUUCUUUGGGCGUCAACAUCUCCGCCAAUUCGCUGUCGGCGGCAAAUGACUUUACGGCCCUCGCCCCGCAGUAUAUCAACAUCCGCCGCGGGCAGAUCCUGUGCGCACUCCUCUCUUGGGCUCUCGUCCCUGGAAGAUCCUCGAGUCGGCGGGGAAUUUCUUAA